AUGACUGAUUAUAGUAAUAUACCAGUUGAGAAACUUUUAAAGAUAGGAUAUCAAGUUUUAUAUGAUGAAAAGGACCCAAAGAAAGCGUUAACGAUUUAUGACACAAUAUUAGCAAAAUAUCCAAAUAAUACAAAAGCAUUGGUUUAUAGAGCUGCGUCCUUAGAAAAAUUAUAUUUUGGGGACAAAGUAAGUCAUGUGGAUGAUAUAAUUGAAGAUGCACAUGAGACAUUAUCUAAAGCUCUGGUUGUAGCACAAGGGAGAGGUGAUAGAGAAAAGAUUGCAUUUAUAUAUUUUAGAAUAUUUAUUCAUUACUUCAACAGGAAAAUGUAUGCAGAGGCAGAAAAUUUCUUUAAGUUGGCAAAGCAACAUGGUUACGAUGAUGCAACAUUCUCAAUGUGGGAAAAAAGAUUGCAAAACAAAUUAGCUAAAUUAAAUCCAACGCUUACAAGAAAUAAUGAUGAUAACGAUAAUAUUAAUAAAGAGUCAGAAGUAUUGACUACUUUGCCAAAAGUUGAGAAAGAGAAAGUUGCAUUUAGAUCAGAUUGGUAUCAAACCCCUAAUAAUGUCACGAUUUCGUUAUUUACUGAUAAUUUACCAUCAUCCAAUGAAGAUGUAAAGAUUGAAAUUCCUGAUGGUCAAAAUUUAAGUGUAUCGUUUAAAAUUGCAUCAAAAGGUUCAGAAUUUCAAUAUGAGACUAAAUUAUCGCAUGAGAUAGAGAAGAAUAAUAUUCAAUGUAAAGUGUUUACUAAGAAGAUUGAGAUUGUGUUUGAAAAAUUACAAAAACGAGUCACAUGGCAUUCUCUGAGUGUAGAAGAGACGACAUCUCAAAAUAAACCAAAAGUGAAGAAAGAUUGGUCAAAUAUUGAUAUCAAUGAUGAAGAUGAUGACGAGGAUAAUGAAGAAAAUGGAAGUGCAGACGCAUUUUUCCAAAAGAUUUAUGCAGAUGCAGAUCCUGAUACAAGAAGAGCGAUGAUGAAAUCAUUCGUCGAGAGUAAUGGUACUACAUUAAACACAAGUUGGACCGAUGUCAAAGAUGCCCCAGUUGAAACAGUACCACCUGAAGGAUCCGAAUUGAAGCAUUUUUAA